GUGUGCUUAGCAUUCUUCCACGGUUCAUACGUCAUAUCAUCUAGCCAUAGCACUAAUUGAAGUAGAAAUGGAUCGCACUAAAGCAGACGUCAGCGAUCUCUGGAUACAACAUCAACGGAGAAGCACAAAGACGACGAAAUCAUGGGAUUGCAUUUACUGUCCGGAGAGGAAGAUACUCCUUUCGGAAACUGCUUUGUGGAUGCAUGCAGAAAAAUGCCAUCAAGAUAAGGUCUCUGCCAAUCUAGAAGAGCUCGAGCUAUUCCGACAAUCAUUUGAAUCGAAUUCUGCUUUGAAACGCUCCAAUAAAGCAUGCGAAGACGAUACACCACGGCAUAGAGGGCCGCAGUCGCUUUCCAGAGUUCAAUCACUGGGCUUGAGAUACGAUGAGAACAAUGCCAUGACGGACGAUAAAGUCAUGACAGGGGAUCGGCCGCGCAAGAGGGUUGCUGUAGGGGAUGGCAUAUCAGCAGGUUCGAGAUCACCAUUCUGUGAAUACUCGGGUCGAAUACACAAUGCCAAACAGAAACAGCAUGGUGAAAGCCCCGGCGGGAGACCACAAUCUCGCUCAGAAACGAGACCUGUUUCACAGGAACAGCUCGUAGCAGAAGUCAAAGGCAUAUAUGCUGGUCUCGUAAUGGUUGAGGCCAAAUGUAUCGAGGUUGAUAACAAGCAUGCUGCAUCUGCAAAUUUCUCAACAGAAUCGAAAAUGAGCAAUGAGAAAUGGCAAGCUCUUAUUGCGUUGCAUCGUACCUUACUUCAUGAGCAUCAUGACUUCUUUCUAGCUUCUCGACAUCCAAAUGCUAGUCCUGCUUUACGUAGACUGGCAUCAAGAUAUGCUAUGCCUGCUAGAAUGUGGAGACAUGGUAUAUCUUCCUUUCUAGAGCUCAUCCGAAAUCGGCUGCCUAUCUCACUUGAUUACAUGCUUUCGUUCAUAUGCCUAGCAUAUUCGAUAAUGGCUACCCUGUACGAGUGUAAGCUAUCUGAAGAUUUGGUUUGCAGCACUGGUACCGAGGAGGAAUAUCAUGAGCUGUCACCUAACUUCGAGGAACGAAAGGAGCACAUACCAAGCAGAGCUCGUGACAUUCCUCACAACAAGAUUUCGGGCCACAAUCCAUCAUCACCCCCAAAAAUACCAACGAAUAAACCCACGGAACAUUGCGACAAUGCGGCUCACGAUAAUAAACUAAAAAUAAUGUCAAGCCGAGCAAGGAGUGAGGAAUUAUUGCCAACAGGUCUUCCUUUGACACUCCUUGGUUUCCUAAGUAAAUUGCUCGCAGCCCUCAGCUAUAGAAAACGACUCUUUGCAAGUCUCCUCAUGGCAAACAUCAUCACCUUCGCAUCGGGCAGGGUAAUACCGCCCGAUGUUAGCGAGACAACGACAUCGCUAACGUCUUUCAACAACUCUAAACCUUUCCAGAGCCUAUUAGACAAGAGCAUACGCUUGUUGAAUUUGAGUUCUGAAGCACUUGUCGCAUUGAUUGUGAUUAUGUUCUGCGAGGUUUUCCGGAGAUUGUAUUGUAAAGAAGUGCAGAACCGACUUUUGAGUGCUACGUGUAUGAUUUCUUCAGUAUCCUGCUUCGCAUAUCUCCGUGAUGCCGAGGAUGUAACGAAUGGGCUCCUCGCUGGCGUGCUUGUUGCGGGCGCUGUCUUUACUUGGAACACAUUCGCGAUGGGGGUAGAGAAGUAUAAUUUUGGUACCCCUUAUAUCAUCAUUGGUAUGAUUCUUGCGAUGAUAAUUCUUUGGGGAGGAUAUCCGUACAUACAACCUUUGACAAGCUCUGUCAAGGUUGAUGUGUUUAUCUUACCAUCCAUCAUAUGUUCAUUUUCAAUACUAGAGAUGGUUUUGAAAGUUCAUGACGACAUGACCCAUUAAAAUGGACAGUAAGAUCUUAUAUCGAUGUUCAUAAGUCAAGUAAAGAUUGAUGAUGUAUUUAUCCUGCCACCCAUCAAAUGUUUAUUUUGAUACUAGAGAUGAUCAUGAAAGUUCAUGACGAUACGACCUGCUGAAUUAGUCGGUGAAAAUCUUAUAGAUAUAUUAGGUUUCGCAUUCACGGCGGAUGGUUCCCCAGGUUCCUGAAAGAGAUGGCAUUCUCAAAAAAGGGUUAUGAAAGCGACGUGUAUAAUCAUACGUUUGUUUCCUUUCGCAUGGCCAUUUGGCAUUCGCGUUUCUUCAAUCAAGACAGCUCAAUCAUGUAGCCAGGCCGAUACCAAUGUAGAUAAUAUUAUACAGAGAUAUAUGACAAUAGCACA